UGCGCCAAAUUUUGGACGUAUUGUCGUAACUUUCUGUUAUGUUGCUUUUGGGGACCAUCUACGACAAACAUAUGUGCCAGCACUUCCUUGCUAGCUAGUUAUUUAAUCUUUGGGAAGAGAUCAAAGCAGAGGUAAAACACUGAUCUUCGGAGAAAAUUAAGCUUUGAUGGGCACUUUCUUGGGACACUUGGUGCCUGGUUUGGCACUCACCUUUCUCGGCCUAUGGCACAUCAUCAACACCAUCAAAACAUUCUGUCUCAAUGGUUCCGCUAGCUUCAGAGUUAAGUUCUGGUUCCCUUUUGAUGGCCCUUUUCCAAUUUUGUUAAAGCACUUGGAGCUCAUCUUCAUCUUUUCUUUCUCUAUUUUCGUAAUCUCUAUGCAAGUCUUGGAUUUUCCUUUCCUUCACUUUGCUUUCAAGCUUGACAACUUUGAGCACGCAACGAUGUAUCUCCAUCUUGCAAUCUUUUCAGGUUUUUCACUUUUUGCAGAAUUAACUCAUUCCAUCAACAUCUUGUCCGGGGUUCCCGGAAUAUUUGCGGCUUCUGUUUUUGGUCAAGAGCUUUUUCUCCUCCAUUUCCAUUCGGCUGAUCAUGUGGGACUUGAAGGCCACUAUCACUGGCUUUUACAGCUUAUAGUCUUUGUCUCCUUUCUUGCAACUUUAGCAGCAACUAGCUUCCCUACCAACUUUUCGAUAGCACUGAUUCUAUCGAUACUGGUUGUUUUUCAAGGAUGUUGGUUAAUGAACAUGAGUUUCAUGCUCUGGGUUCCUAAAUAUGUUCCUCUAGGGUGCAUCAGUCAGUUGGGUGAGGGGGACAAUGGUGAUAUGUCCGGUAGUGCAGUAACUUGCGAGUCACCUGAAGCCGAUUUGAGGGCGAGGGCGCUGGCCAACUUGCAGUUUAGCUGGAUUCUUUCUGGGAUUUUGGUGCUUACCGGAUGUGUUUGUCUAAAAUUUGCAAGAAAAUAUGGGAUGAAUAGUCCGUCAAUUAAGUACAAGCAACUUCAAGGUGGGAGUGAAGAUCAUCUUCCUACAAUCAUAGAUAGUUUUGUCAAGGCCAAUCCUUAAGAAAUUUUAGAAUACUGUAAAACUAGAAACCUGAUGCUCUUGUAUGGCAUAGAGCAUUUCAAUAUAUAUAUAUAUAUACGUUUAUAUGUACGUAUACAUGCGAAAUAAUAUCAGAUUGGACUAUAAUGAUCCUUAGAUGUCUCUUCAUAUUGUAAUAUUAGUUGUUUAAUCUUA